AUGCCUCCAGCAUACACCGCCGCCCAAAAGACGGCCAUCCAGAGCUUUGUCGACUUCACUAGUACCGACCGCACAACAGCAGCAAAAGUCUUGCGUCAACAUGGAUGGAAUGUACAAGUGGCAGCAAACGCAUACUUCCAAUCGGGCUCGACCAGCACCGGUAGCACUGCCAGCAAGGGUACACUCAACAAGCUUUUCGACAAGUACCGCGAGGAGCCAGACAGCGAGCCUGAUGAGGUCAACAUUGACGGCACCAUGCAACUCCUGAGCGACAUCGAUGUCAGCCCUGACGAUAUUGGUUCUCUAAUCUUCUCGGAGAUGGUCAAGUCACCCUCGCUCGGAAAACUCACACGUACCGAGUUCGUUGACAGCCUUGCUGCUCUUGGUGUCAACGACAUCAACAAGAUGCGCGACAUGGUUCAGCAGAGACGCUCCAACCUCGACGAUCCCGCAUUCCGUCCCACAUUCAAGUCAAUCUACAAGCACACAUUCAUCCUCGCUCGUCAACCCGGCCAGAAGGCUGUCGCCCUUGAGAACGCUACCGAGUACUGGCGCCUGCUCUUGACUAGCCCCUCCCUCCAGUGGUCAUCACCCAAUACCCCUUGGCUUGAUUGGUGGAUCGAGUUCCUUACCGAGAAGUACAAGAAGAGUGUCAACAAGGACAUGUGGGACCAGACUCUGGUGUUUGCCGAAAAGACUCUUGUCGAUGAAGCACUCAGCUUCUGGAGCGAAGACUCUGCCUGGCCUGGAGUCAUUGACGAGUUUGUCGAGUAUGUCAAGACCGACAAGCGUGGAGGUCAGGGUGUCGGCGAUGCUAUGGAGGUUGAGUGA